CGCUGCCGUGCCGGGCCGGGAAGCAGCAACCUUAACAACCGACCGACGUCAAACCAUCCCCAAACCUCAUUUGCAGCCCACGAUGCGCCCAUCGCUCACACGGCUGGCAUCGGCCGCGACGCAGGGUGGCGGCGGCGGCGGCGGCGGGCUCAGACCCAGGCCGACGGCCCUGCUGCCGCCCAUACCGCUCUACCGGCGGCUGCUGCGCGCGCAUCGCAAGCACCUGCCCGCCGACAUGCGCGUCCUGGGCGACGAGUACAUCAAGGCCGAGUUUCGCGCCCAUCGCAGCAUCGACAACCCCUCGCACCUUAUUGGUUUCUUGACCGAGUGGCAGCUGUAUGCCCAGAAGAUCGAGGGUGACGCGUGGGCUGGCGACAAGAUUGAGCAGGGCAAGCUCGAGAAGAUGAGCGAGGAGCAAAUACACCAAUUGUAUGAGCUAAUGCAGGCCAUACAAAAGCACCGUGGAGAGGGAGGCUCCGGUUGAGGAGCCCGCAGUGCCAGGAAUUACUGAGCAUGUAUGUAAUUGUAGUAGCAGUAAUCUGCCAUGUACAUUAGAGUGCCCUCUACUAGUAUCUAGCCUCCAUCGCCUCGACGAUCCAGUUGGCUCGAAUCGCGC